UCCUGGAUGUAGAUACUGCGGUCUCUGGCGACGUCGCCCUGGAAAAUGAAGGUCAAGACAUCAAUGAUUCGACCGAUCGUGGCUGCUUCAACUGCGGCGAACACGGGUAGGUGCCUGAUUGCUUCAGUUUAUUGACCCUAGCACUGACAUUCUGCAAUUGUAGGCACAUGAAGGCGGAAUGUCCUAACCCUCGUGUGGAGACAAAGUUCACAGGGCAAUGCAAUCUUUGUCAGCGUGAAGGUCAUCGGGCUCGCGACUGUCCCGAGAAACCGCCCGUCCUCUGCCGCAAUUGCGAUGGUGGAGGUAAGCCCGAACGUAUGAGCUGGAGCUUGAAAGAGGCUUUCGAAACCAGGGUGUCGGCAUCCAUCUCGUGGCAGUCGAGAAGCCGGACUUGCUUCCUACUCUCACACUCAUGGAUCUCCAAGGCAACUGUGAUAAGCAGUUUAUGGUCAGCUACCGAUUCAGCGACAAGCCUGCCCGACCCCGUGAGAGAGCGUUCUUCCCCAAAGACAUGGCAGAGAAUCUCGCCCGACUCGAGAACGCUGGUGAGCCGGUCGAGAAUGGCAAGAGAAAGUGCUACAACUGUGAUGGCUUCGGACAUUCCGCGGCUGCUUGCCCCGAGAUGAAGGUCGAGAAGGAGCAGAUUGCCAUCAAGUGCAUGAACUGCGAUGCUAUAGGCCA